CCUAACAAACUUAACAAUCAUAAUGUCAAUUUCAUUUACAUAUGAUGAAACUGAAGAAGAACUAAGGUUCUCUCAGGACGAACCUGAAAAAGAACCAAGGCUCCAAGACAAAUCUGAAGAAGAACCAAGGUCCCAAGAUAAACCUGAAGAAGAACCAAGGCCUCAAGAUGAACCAAGCUCCCCAAAAUAA